ACGCGACGGAAGUCGCGUCUGACUCUACGCCCGCGAGGGCCCCACUCUGGGCUGUCUAACAGGAUGCCUGUGUGAGUUUCUGUUGGCCUGCUGCCUUUAAUAUGAGCAAAGGAGCGCGUCCUCACGUCGUCUCCAGGUUAUCGGGGCGAUGAGGUCCUCUUGAAGAGCCUUGGAGGGCGGGCGUUUCUCUUCAGGCGGCUCCGCGGGCAGCCCUCGGGCCUUGUAAGAACGCGCAGCCCCGCCCUCCUCCUUUCGGCCGAAGCAGCCAUCUUGCAGUAACUCGCCAAAAUGACGAACACAAAGGGAAAGAGGAGAGGCACCCGGUAUAUGUUCUCUAGGCCUUUUAGGAAACAUGGAGUUGUUCCUUUGGCCACAUACAUGCGGAUCUACAAAAAGGGUGAUAUUGUAGACAUCAAGGGAAUGGGCACUGUUCAAAAAGGAAUGCCCCAUAAGUGUUACCAUGGCAAAACUGGAAGAGUCUACAAUGUCACCCAGCAUGCUGUGGGCAUCAUUGUAAACAAGCAAGUUAAGGGCAAGAUUCUGGCCAAGAGGAUCAAUGUGCGGAUUGAGCACAUCAAGCACUCAAAGAGCAGAGACAGCUUCCUGAAGCGGGUGAAGGAGAAUGAUCAGAAGAAAAAGGAAGCCAAAGAGAAGGGCACCUGGGUUCAGCUGAAGCGCCAGCCUGCACCACCCAGAGAAGCGCACUUUGUGAGGACCAACGGAAAAGAGCCUGAGCUGUUGGAGCCCAUUCCAUAUGAAUUUAUGGCCUAAUAUACAAAAAAGAAAUAAAGGACCCAGACUGCUAAGUGUUUUCCUUGGGUA